GCUGGAAGUAUUCAGAGGAGGAAGAGGAGAUGUCACCGUCGGCGGUACAGAUAGAUCAGUUCAUAGCAUCACUCAGUUCUGUUCAAAGAAAACUCGGAUAUAUUUGUUAGCCACACUGUGCUUGUGUUUAACAUGUUGUAGCAGCGCUCCCAGUGACCAGAGCUCUCCGUCUCCAGACCAGCCGUGACAGGACAGCAGCACACAGAUCAGGCCUGUUAUGGCUGCCCGGCAUCAGGGACCUGCAGCUGCUUCACACGGCUCAGCCGAGGCCAAAAAGACAGACCUGAGGACCAAAGAGAAGAAGUGCUCUUGGGCCUCGUACAUGACCAAUUCUCCCACCAUGAUAGUGAUGAUUGGGUUGCCCGCUCGAGGGAAAACCUACAUGUCCAAGAAGCUGACACGUUACCUUAACUGGAUCGGAGUGCCAACAAAGGUCUUUAAUCUUGGCGAGUACCGGAGGGAAGCGGUGAAGUCGUACAAGUCCUACGAUUUCUUCAGACACGACAACAAAGAAGCAAUGAAAAUUAGAAAGUUUUUGAUGCCACAAACACCACGCGAGAGAGGCGAAACCUCAUCCUUAACUUUGCACAGGAAAACGCCUACAAGGUGUUUUUUGUUGAAUCAGUAUGUGAUGAUCCAGAAGUGAUAGCUGAAAAUAUCAUGGAAGUGAAGGUGUCCAGCCCAGAUUACCCUGAGAGGAACAGAGAAAGUGUCAUGGAUGAUUUUCUGAAGAGAAUAGAGUGUUACAAAGUGACCUACCAGCCUUUAGAUCCCGAUGAACACGACAAGAACUUGUCCUUCAUUCAGGUCAUCAAUGUCGGCCGACGUUUCCUGGUCAACAAGGUGCAGGACUACAUCCAAAGUAAGAUAGUGUAUUACCUGAUGAACAUCCACGUCCACUCCCACUCCAUCUACCUGUGUCGGCACGGAGAAAGCCAGCACAACCUGGAGGGACGCAUCGGUGGCGACUCUGGACUGUCGGAGAGAGGGAAGCAGUUUGCUGUAGCCCUGGGUGGUUUUGUGAAAGAGCACUCGCUGUCAGACCUGAAGGUUUGGACGAGCCAGCUGAGACGCACCAUCCAGACUGCAGAGGAGCUGGACGUCCCCUACGAGCAGUGGAAGAUACUAAAUGAAAUUGAUGCUGGAGUGUGUGAAGAAAUGACGUAUGAGAUGAUUCAGGAGAAAUAUCCAGAGGAGUUUGCAAUGAGAGACCAGGACAAGUAUCAUUACCGCUACCCUGGAGGAGAGUCCUACCAGGACCUGGUUCAGCGUCUGGAGCCAGUUAUUAUGGAGCUGGAGCGACAGGGCAACGUUCUGGUCAUCUGUCAUCAGGCUGUCAUGCGUUGUUUGCUUGCGUAUUUCCUGGACAAAGGCGCAGAAGACCUACCCUACAUGAAGUGUCCCCUUCAUACUGUCCUCAAACUGACUCCUGUGGCGUACGGCUGUAAAGUGGAUAUAUUUGACCUGAAGGUGGAAGCUGUCAACACUCACAGAAACAGACCUUUAAAUAAAGUCAGACCAAAGACCACGCCGCCGCCUUUAUUCCGCAGGAACAGCUUUGACCCUCUGUCUACACAAGACCAGAUCAAACGACCUCGUCUCUACAGCACUGGGAACUUUUCUCAAUCCAAUGUGUACCAUACUGCCACUAUUCCCAGCAUGCCUUUCUCUGAUGUGUUUGAGGGAGUUGAGUCUCAACAAAACGAGGACUCUCUGAACGGUUUCAAAGUUCCAAACACAGAGGAUGGACUUAAAGUUCUGCGUCGCCACGCUGGAUUUCCGUGACUUUGAACGUGGCCAGGACGGAUUUCCGUCAUCUGUAAGGGAGAAAAAAACAACAACUCUGGUUGUUUUCUGUUCCGGUGAUGUGCGAAAUUCAGUUCAGUUCACUGGUCCAGCUUUAACGUCAGACAAAUCCUAAAUGGUUAAUACGAGGGAAGCGCACCCAACACAGGGGGAACAGAUUUUCAUAGGGGAGCUGAAUUUCGUACACCGGUCUUGUUAAAGCCGCCCAGUCUACCCCUAAACACGCCACUACUUUCAACAAAUCAAACAAACCCCAGAGCUCUUUUAUCCAAUCAGAGCAGAGCAGGGCAGGUCAGUAAAGCAGCAGGUGAAGCAGUCUGCAGGAGCAGCACAGCGGUCAGUCCUGAGUGAGUGAAACCUCUCCUCCCUCAUUUCACUCCUUGGACUUUGGUCUAUAAAACUUAACUUUAUAUUAAAUAUUUGUGCUCAGAGCACCGUUAUCCAAUAGAUAUGCUCAAUGAUGUGACAAGCUCCUCGUGCAAAGGAUGCGUGCAACAUGCAACAUUCAGUUUGUUCGUCCAUCAUGCUUUUGCGCUCCUAUCCUACAACAUUUCACAAGUUAUAAAGUUUUCUGCCACAUGUCAUAUUUUACUACAGUAACAUAAGCGCCAAAUAUAAACCCCUCCAUCGCUGGUGAGGAUGUGCGCCUUCUGCGCCAGUACCAAGACGAGACGUGAACCGAGCCGAGACUGCCUGGUGCGCCGCGGCGCGUGCACGUUGUGAGUCAGAUUCACUGUUCACUGACAAACAUUUUUUUUGGCCCAUAAUGAAGCAAAGAUGAAUCAGCAUUUAACAUUUACCUCCUCAUCCUCACCAGGAGAACACCACCAUGUUCUCCAGAUCAGCGUGUUUCAAAUGUUUCUGUAGUUUAUCAUAAGUGUGCAACUUUCAUUCUUCACUUCUUGUUUAUAUUUAGAACUAGAACCAUACUGUGACAGAACUGCUCUGUGAUAAAUUUAAUUCAAU